AUGGCUGAGCUCGCGGCAGGCGCCGUCAGCUCGCUUUUGAAUGCCAUCCGCGAUGAGGCGCGACUGCAGGGCCGUGUUCGGGGUGACAUUCAGUUCAUCAAGGAGGAGAUGGAGAGCAUGAACAGCUUCCUGCUACACCUAGCCAGGACGUCACCUCCGGGCGGCGAGCACGACGAGCAGGUGCGAACCUGGAUGAACCAGGUUCGGCUCCUCGCCCACGACUGCAACAACUGCAUCGACAUGUACCUGUACCAUGGCAACCCUGAUAUUCAACGCGCUAGGGGCGGCCUUUGGAGCUACCUCUGGUGGGUACCCUGGUUCCUGCAGAAGAUGCUCGCCCAGCACCGCGCGGCCAUCCAGCUGGGUGAGCUCAAGAACCGGGCGCGUGAUGUUGGCGAGCGGCGACUGAGGUAUGGUGUGGAGGUGCCCGGGAAGGUGACGGCGGGGAAGUCUCCUGCUCCUCCUGGGCACUCACUGGCGCCCGGGACGAUAACACCAUCGUCGUCUUAUCUUCCUGGAGGUGAUGAUGCAGCUGGGGUGGAUGAUGAACAAGACGAAGACAAUCAAUUGGCAACUACAACACAUCAUCACAGCAGAAGAGAACCUUUUCAGAGGACGCCGGAGCCAUCGCACAAGAAACAUUGGAUGUGGCAGCGACCCAUUUCCAUUUCUAGGAUCACUACAACCCUGGGAAGUUCUCUGCUACAUAUCAUGUGGUUGCUCAACCAUCCUAAAUCUCAAUCCAAGCAGGAAGGCAGCACGGGUGAAGACAAGGAGGACCGGAACCAUACUCGUUCCCAAGCUUGGCAGGAAAGAUGGGAAAUGCGUUAUGAAAUUAGGGGACAUAUCAGAGAAAGGGAGAAUUGGGUCAAGAUUGAAAAAAUCAAUGAAACAAUUACUGAAGAAAUGAAAAUGAUGCCUGAGGUCGACCAGAUGCACAAGGAAGGCCAAAGCUCCAUUCAACCCUUAGGCAUACUACUCCAUGCUCUGCAGCUACUAGUGGCAGCAGCUGAGAGUAAGAUUGAAUCAAGCGAAGAAAAGGAUAAGACUCCACAAGGAAAUGGAAAGGAUGAGAAUCAACAAGGAAAUGGAAAUGAUAAUUCUGAACAUGUCAAAAAGAAGGACAAGGCCCUGCGUACCCUACAAAACUACGACAUUGAUGAAACUGCCUCAAAGCUUUUACAAUAUAUGCAAAUGAAAAAUGAAGCAGACAAAAAGGCGGAACCACCGGCCAACACUGAUUUGGAUGUUACCAAAUAUAAACACAUCCUGUCUGAGUUGUUCCCCAACAGCAAGCGGUUGCAGUUGCUGGCCAAACAACAAGAUGAAUCGACCAAGCGAGAAUCAGUGACUACCGGCGACAGUAAUACAUCUGGCGAGAAUCAAAUUAAAGAAAUCGUCCACAAGUUCACACGUGAAAUCAUACAAGAGCUAUUGGAGGACACAGUGAAGAAACUGGCAACAGGUACAACAACUCAGAUCAAGCGCCUACUAUCUGGUUACAAUGAUCUGGUUCCAAGUAAUACUGACACUGAACUCACGCCCAGUCUUGAGAGUCCAAGCCAUACUUGCACCAAAAUCAUAUGCAGUGUCCAGAUUCCACGCAAGAUUGGAAAAAUGUUAAACAUGGAGGAACUACACAAUGUGCAUGCGUCAAAGACUGGUAAAGAGUUGAAGGACAUUGGAAAGCUGUGUCAGCUAAGGAAGCUUGGUGUGGCCAUAAAGGGCACAAAUGAUCAUUUGACCAAUUUGUUUCAAGCGAUUGGUGACCUGUGCGAGUGUCUCGACUCUCUGUCACUCACUCUUCCCAUACCCACAGGCGAGACAAGUUCUUUCAGUGCAGAACUACAAAAGGCAAUUUCUUCUCUCCUGAAUGACAUGCCUAAGAAUCUUCAGAAUCUAAGCAUCAACGGGACCACACAAAAUGUGGAGAUUCUACCAUUGCUGGCCAAAGAUUGUGAUAAACUUGCCAAGGUAACUCUAAGCAAUACCUUCCUCAAACAGGAAAAUCUGAAUAUCCUCUCCAAGUCGACCAACCUACAAUGUAUGAAGCUUGGACACAAUGCAUACAAGGAUACUAGUCUCAACAUGAAGGCGGGUGAGUUCCCAAUGCUCAGAUACUUUAUUGUUGUCGGCUCCAACAUGAAUGACAUCAUGUUUGAACAUGAAGCACCUCCUGAACUUGAGAAAAUUGUUUUUUUCUCCACUAAUAUAAACUCCCUUUGUGGAGUGUAUGACCUUCCAAAGUUGCAGGAACUUGAGUUGAACAACAGCAGCAAGUUGCUUUCAUUGUUUGGCAAUGCCAAAAAAAAAAAAAAAACCAAAGUGACUCUUCGUGAUGACAAGCUGAAGGAAAGCGAUGUACAAAUUCUCUCAAAGAGAACAGGCCUUUUGUGCCUAGUUCUAUCUGGCAAGUCUUGUGAUAAAGAAAAGCUUGAAUUCAAUAAAGAUGACUUACCAAAUCUUAACUUUGUUGCCAUCAACUGCCCUGAUAUUGCCAACAUCAGCUUCUCCAAGGGAUCUGCUCCAAAGCUCAAGAAAAUUAUAUGGUCUAUCACCAGCAUGGGCUCUAUCUCUGGUAUUAAGAACCUUCCAAGAUUGAUGGAACUUGAGAUCUAUGGAGAAGUUGUUACAAAUGAGGUGAAGGAAGCCAUUGAGGUACAUAAAAACAGUCCUGAUUUGAUACACUAUAAACCAGAGAAACAACAGAAAACAAAAGGAAAUGCACCAGCAGAGGCCAAUGUUGGUAGACUCUCAUUCUUCUGGAAGCAUAGGCGUUGA